AUGCGAAAUACGCAUACACCGACGAAGAACCCGUUGUUCCGGUUGAUAGGGCGGUCUGUUUCUCAAGAAGGCAAGGAUAGAGAUCGGGAGGCCGAGACACCGCCUCCACUACCUGCUCCUCCACCGCUACUGACGAUCCUGCCGAUUGCGGAACGCUUCGUACGAUCAGGGACACUGACUGCAAACGGGAGUACUAAUGGCACGUUGACGACAACGUCUUCGUCGUCGGAUGCUAGUUCGAGCUCGAGCUUGGCCAAGUUGGCCAAGUCUUCCUCAUCUAUUUACCUCCGUUCAGUUGACAGUCUGAGUACGCUUGUUCCACCACAUGACCCACUGCGCUCUGAGAGUCCCCGGAGCAACCGUAGUGCACCAAGUUGGAUAGCUGUAACGACUACUGAUAGGCAGGGUCGUUGGAUCUUCCGAGGCCCGUGGGAGAACGGUGACAUCAACGCAAAUUCUCUGUCCGAUGCACUUCAUUUCUCGCGAGCAGCACGCGUUCAGAGCCCGGACAUGACGAGUGAUGGUCAUGACCAAUCCACGUCGCCUACCGCCGUCACUACCUACAGCAGCCCGAGUCCGGAGUCGGGGAAGUCACCGACGAAGAGGAUAACCAAGCUCUUCCCGUUCGGGCAUUCGCGCGACAAUGACAGCAACGGAUCAUCCUCAUCGUCGAAGACUACAAUCUCAAGCCCGAACCCACAUCUUGGGCAGAGGGAAUUGUCGAUGGGGUUGCCGAAUUCAUUUGAGAUUGCUGCCGCGUUGACGGCAACGGCGAAGGGUCUUUCGCCGAUGCAUUUACUCCCGAACCAUAAACAUGCGAACUUGGAUGUGAGACGGUCUGAUUCACCCGAAUCGUUCAUUAUCAUUAACGAAGAGGAUGGGAUCCCGGCUCCCAUGCGGCAACAGCGCUUUGAGAACGCGAAUGCUGGCUUCGAUGUGAACGACUCGUCUGCCGUGCGUGGAAGGUCUGAUACACCUUCCAGCCUCGCUGAUCGACGACGCGCCAACUUGGACGUACUCGACCUCACACCGACUCAGAGCCGAGCAGGUUCACCAAGCCCUAGCCGUGAUGAAUUCCGAGCAGCACGAGCGAGUGUCCUCGCAUACUACCAGGUCCCACCGCCAUCCCCACCUCCAGCAGGACCCCUUCCUCCAAGACCAGACAGCGUAAACGACGCACCUUUCUCACGCCGCGGAAGUGAUGACAACCAACUAUUAUCACCCGGUCGAGCCUACGCUUCACGUUCUCCGUCUCCUCUCGGUCCUGGUGGUCGAUACUCGCGAUCGCCUUCUCCAGGGAUGGGUAUGGGUCAAGUCCGUCGUGGACGAGAGUCCCCCUUCCCAACCCGUCCCAUCCUCCCACCGCAAGACAGCCGAGAACUCUUUGAGCGCGUAGAACGAUACAAAGCUCUAUACGCUGCAGUUGACGCCGACGGUGCUGACGUACCCGAGGACGCAUUUGUGGGUAUGGACGAGUUCUUCGACAAACAUAGUUCAGCGUAUAUCCGCGCUGCGCGUGCUCGUGGGGAGAAACGGGUGUAUUUUGACGUCGUGAGGAGGUCGUAUGAGGCUAGUCUGCGGAAUAGUCAUACGUUCUAUGUGAAUGGUCCUCAUGCGACUUUGCCGCCGGAGAUAGCUAUCGAGCCUGCAGACGACUACGAUCCUAGAUACAACAACAACAAUACCGACUUUGAUGACGCAACGGACGAACGUCUCCGUUACUCCACCACACUGUCCGACGCCGAAGUAGCAGCUGCCGAACAUCUUAACACAUUAGAAACAGUCGUAGAAGAAGACUCUUCUUCCGACUCUCGUUCAUUCGCAGCUUCUUCCGUAUAUUCACGGUACAGCGUAUUGGACGAAGGAAAGAGCGCUGCAGUACGCGAAGGGUUUGUUAGGAGGGUUGCAGCACUGUAUGGUCAGGAUAAGUUGUUACGGGAGGAGAUACCUGAGGUCCCGAAGAUACCUAAUGAGUUUCGCGAUGCUGCGCCCGCUGCUGGACGGCCCCCGAUUGAAAAGGCUGCUGCUGCGUUGAAGGUU